GUCAAAACUUCUCAGAUUUGUUUUGCACAUUGCAGGUUUCGGUAGUUCCGCAAUCGUCGCUGUUAGAAAUGCACUGGGACAUUCCUAGUAACAAGUUGCCUGGUCCCCGUUCUUCAACCUCAAACUAGGUGUCCCUUCCUCUUUUGUUAAGAACACGUGUGCUUGUGACAAGUCUCCAGAACAUUUCCGAAAACGUGAACUGCAUCUCGAAGAAAUUAUUGAAACGUGUUCAUUUAAGACAUUCACCAGUGUCUUUUCCACAAAUAAUUGACUUUACGUGUCGAAAAUAAGUGACCGUGUUUUCGAGGAAAGCUAUACGUAGAUUUCCAUCGAAAGAAAAGUGCCUUCCAAUAGACCCUUUCAUUCCGUUUUGUCGAUAUCUCUAGCCAAAGGUAUUCGACAACGAACUGUAUUGUGUUCUGCACUUCAUGGAAUAGAGUUGAACAUUUAGAUCCAGCAAUGGGAAAAUUCACGGGAAAAAAAUGUCGUCUGCUGUCUAUGCUGGCUUUGACGGCAUUCUAUUUUUUCGUAGAAAUAGUGGUCGGCUACAUAACGAAUUCUAUGGCAUUGAUAGCAGACAGUUUCCAUAUGCUCAGUGAUGUAGCUGCCCUGAUAGUCGCCUUCUUGUCCGUAAAGAUGUCACCGAAAAAAUGGUCGAAGAACACUUUCGGUUGGGCGAGAGCCGAAGUACUAGGGGCUCUAGUAAAUGCCGUGUUCCUGGUAGCUUUGUGCUUCUCUAUCACAGUUGAAGCUUGCAAAAGGUUUAUUGAGACUGAGAUGAUCCACGACCCGCAACUGUUGGUUGGAGUUGGUGCGAUAGGAUUGCUGGUAAAUCUUAUUGGGUUGCUCAUAUUACAUGAACAUGGAGGUUCUCACGGACACUCUCACGGAAGACUCUCCCACAGCCGGAACCGACUCACCCAGCUGGCGGUGACAGAUGACAACGAAAAUGACGAAACGUAUCCUAGUCCACUCCCGGCGAAAGAAGGCGCUUCGCUCACUGACGGGCAUGGUCACAGUCACGGAGAGCCUAGAAGGCCCCAUUCUGCAGGGGAGAUGAAUAUGCGCGGAGUGUUUUUGCACGUGCUCAGCGAUGCUUUGGGGAGCGUCAUCGUUAUCAUUUCAGCAUUGGUAUUUUGGCUGACCGACUGGGAGUACAAAUACUACAUCGAUCCUGCGCUAAGUAUCGUCCUCGUCCUUCUGAUCCUACAUUCAGUGUGGCCUCUACUGAGAGACUCCGCCCUGAUUCUUCUACAGACGGUACCCACGCAUAUACAGGUAGAUGCAAUACAAACCAGACUUCUGGAAAAUGUAGAGGGGGUAUUAGCUGUACACGAGUUCCAUGUGUGGCAGUUGGCUGGGGAUAGAAUCAUAGCUUCGGCACAUAUCAAAUGCCGAAAUCUUUCCGAGUACAUGAAAAUAGCAGAGAAAGUGAAAGAAUUUUUUCACAAUGAAGGUAUCCAUUCAACUACAAUUCAACCAGAAUUUGUAGACUAUACAGAUCUUCCAACAAAUAGCAAAGAACAAAGAAAUGACGCUACAACAGACGAUUGUUUCUUGGACUGCCCCAAGCCAGAAAGCAGUGACGACAACUGUCUCCGAAAUACGUGCUGUGGCGCUUCGAAACAGGGCCGUGACACUCCAUCCCCAAACACCACUCCGUACGUAUGCCGACAACGUAACAGCGUAGCCAGCGCGCACGCGCAUGCGAGCGACAACUCGUGCGGCGAAGAAAUGAAUGAAAUGGAGAAGGGUGUGCUGCUCGAAAGGGGCUCCUGCAGCAACGGGGGCUCGCAGAUGUUAGCCCAAACUAGCAACGGAGAUUGCGAUUGCUCACUCAGGGGGUCGCAGUAUUCGCUGAGGAAAUAGGACACGGGGAACCAGGAUGAGGAAGAGUUAGAAGAGGAAGCUGAGGUUAGAAGAUUACUGAUAAAUCAUGACGAGAGGAUCGAGUUCAUGAUUUGAGGGCAGUGUAGAGGUUGCGUUGUACAUCGCGAAGGUUAAUUUCAGAACGAGAUAACUAAAUUGUGGCGAAUUGAAUUGUUGAAUAAAGUUCUAUUGAUGAUUUUUUCCGAAAAUCAAUAUCGUUCAUAAAGAAUUCGUAUUGUAAAAUGAAAUAUCAAUAUCAACUACAUUGAUGAUGAAUUUGCAAUGGUUAACGAAACAGAGAGAACAUUGUCCAUGAAGUUUACAGGUCGCCUUUAUUCAACUUGUCCCUUUUAAUUGCCUUGACACUGCACUGCUGAUUGCCUGUCUCAGCAUAUUUUCGGCAAAAAACAGAGCGAACCGGUAGGAAGACCGAGGACGCGUCCAUCCUUUGUUGUCAAAUCGUCAUAAACUGCUAUAUUCAUAAUGAACUUACCGAAGUAACACAUUAUUGUUGCAUACCUAUUCCCUACAUUUUGAAGAAAUAUGAAUAUCCGAUCAAAUAUCUAUUCAAGUUUGUAAGAAUAUUAUCUACUGGUAAACGUGAAAAAAUUAUUUGAAUAUAGGUUAACUUUUGUGUCCGACCCACUUACAUUAAUAUUUUCCAUAUUGGAUGAACAGUAUAUUUGGUAAAGUGCAUAAACUUGAUAAAUAUCCUCAACAUGAAUGAACGUAAAUCUGUAUGCUGCCCUUUUAUCCAAACUACCAUCUUAUGGCCUCCCAGAGAAGCUAUGCUGAAUUCCCCUCUGUGAUAUCUGUCGAAAUUGACGAAUUUUCCUAUUCAUCCGUCAAUGUCAACGGAGGUGUUCUCCAUGGAUCAGUCUUGUACAAGAUCUAGAUAAGACCUAGCCUCGAGUACCGCUCACAUGUUUGGGGUCCUGCCGCCGCGACUAUAUUGUCCAUAUUCGAUGCUGUUCAGAGGAGGGUUGUCCCUCUGUUCAGUGACAGUUCUAACAGAUGGUCUCGGGUCAAUUUCGCAUCCGUCAGACUUCGGCAUCCCAUCCUAAUCGUGUCGAACUUCGUACAUCCAGAACGGAGCGGUACACCCGUUCCUUUGCUUCUUGGGUGUCGUGGUUGUAGAUCAAGCUGUCUGAGGAUGCUUUCCUAGUUCUGUUAACCUUAGACUGUUCAAAAAUCGGAUUAACAAAGUGUCUUCAAGCUCUCUAUAGCAGCAGCAGUCCCCCGAUAGUUAGGCUUCUGUCUACGCGGAGCGCUUCAGUAUGAAAAACAGUAAACAAACAAGUAAAUUUGAACAGAAAAUGUUUAAUCGUUCGCUACAAGUAACAUUAAAUUCAUUCUAAAAUAAUUAUCUAUCUGGCAACACGGCGUUCAUCUCCCGCCAAAUAUAAAAAUAGGCGGUUAAACGUCAUUUCGUUACUUCAACACUAAACAUACCAAUGGUUAUAAACUUUUGCGUUAAAAAUGUGCGUAUUAUUUGAACAUUUGACAUCAUGAUCUUUCUUUUAUAUACAAUUGAUUAUAAUAAAGUUAAUUUAUUUCCCUCCCAACAUGCAUAUUUCACACUCAAUCAAGAAACAAAGUUUUAAGUGUUAGUAAUCGUAUUUUUAGCUUCUCUGGGCAUGCCUUAUUUUUGGUUCGACAUUGUACCAUUUCCACGUUCUUGACUUGUUAUCCUUCUAAAAAUAACUUUUUUUAGAAAUGCUUGCGUUCGAUUUGUUCUCAUUACGUCGUCUGAUUGAAGGAAACCUAAUGAGUAAUCUGUCAAAACAGGCGUUUUUACUGUUACUUUUGAAUUGCUCUCACUUUUAUUGCUCAAACUCGUUUUCGGUCUAUUUCCUGAUCCAUAUGAGCGCUUUCUUUCUGUGAUAGAUAUUUUCAUAAUCAUAAUUGUAGUGAUAAUAAAUAAACUUAACUGAUGAUCCAGUCGUCAACAGACAAUGAUUCCAAACAUGUAUAAAAUAAUAUCUCACGACAGCCCAAAUGUUAAUAUUUCAAGUACACAACAAUCACUCAAAUCUACGAGGUAUGUACGCAUAUAAGCCCAACAAAAGCAAAAAAAAAACAAUCAAAAUUUAAGAUAUGAGAGAAAAAGAUACCGUAUUUAUAAAAAACAACUAUCAAAAUAAAAUAAUAUUAACAGUAUCGAAUACAAUUGGUGUAUAGCAUUGUAGCCAGGUGCUAUUAUAGACUUAACUUUAAAACAACAUAAUACUGAAAUUGACACAGCACUAGUCUCAAAAAUUAGUAUAUAACAAAUGCCUAGUGUGAUUCAAACUACGCAUGGGUUGUAAGAUCGAUGCCUUGAGAUCGCUUUUUAAAAAGUUUAUUUUCGAAAAUACAAAACUCAAAAAUGUACUUUUACAAAAUUCAACUUCCGGGAAGAAUUCUUCACGGAAGUUGAAUAGGAUGAAGUUCGACUUCUGGUUGCUGAAUACUUCUAUUUCUGAGCUUCCUCCUCUUCAAGGUUUUCCAGAAUGAGUAGACGCCCAAGAGUAAUAUACAUCCAUAUAUUAUCAGUGUCCAGGUACUGGGUAUAAAAAAGUGUGCAGAUUUCUUGAAGUUGGGUUUGUUGUUGAUAAUGCUUGACUUGAUUUUACUUAACUCGUCCAGCCAAAUUUUUUCUAGAUGCAGACUGAAAUUUGUUUCUGUGAUGUCGCCUUUAGUGUCCAGGUUUAAAUCCGGGAAUAGUAUAGGUUGGCCCGCGACAAUCGUUUCGAAUUCAUUUUUGAUGAUUAAUUUCGACUUGGCAGUUGACAGGAAUAUGAAGCAGGUAAGUUCCCGUCAAUGUUUUCAUUUGCAUUUCUUCGUGGCAUUCCAUUUUAAUAACUUCUGGUAGUGGCAGGAUCAAUGCCCAUUGAUUAGUCCGUUGGAUUCGUUCGAUACUUGGCUGAUUGACUAUCAGUGGAGUUCUGGCACAUGCUGGGGCGUUUCUUCCAUUGAAUAGUUCAAGUUCAAAGGGUAACGGACCAUUGAUGUCUUGCAAGUUGGUUUUCUCGUAGAGAAACUUUUAAGGAGUAAUUUCAGUACAAAAGUUCAAAGUGCAAUUCAUUUUUUGCCAAAUAAGGCUCUUUUGGAAUGAUAGUCUUAAAUUGACCUUCAAAAUAUAUCGGGAUUGGAAAGAGACGAUAUAAAUUAAAUGACUACAGUAUGAGAUUGGGAGUGAUAAAACGAAUGUAAUUUUGUUGCCCACAGAAUAACUGGAGAUUUUGAUUAUUUUUUCAAAAGUUGGUAUGUUAUCUAGUAAAACUGGGAUCGCAAAUUUUUCCUGGCCUAAUCUUGAGCUCAAUAGUUUCAGUUCUCCAAAAAUUUCUUCGGUUGCUAGAGUGAAUUGUUCCAAGACAUGAAAAAAUUAUUGAAUUUUAAACGUCUUGUAAUAUUGACGGAGUUAUUUUGUAGCUGUUGAUAAUUUGAGAUACUGUGUCUACUAUGAAUUUAUGCUGUUCUGAAUCGAUUGUAGCACGAUUAACAAUUGCAUAUAUGGUAUUAAUUUUAUUAAGCAAUUAUUCAUUAUGACAGACUUGUUGAACAGUUUUAUUAAACUUAUCAAUAAGAGACACUGAGAGGGCAUUAUUCUGUGUGACACUGUUAGUAAAUUCUCUUUGAUUAUUUUGAAGCUCUUGAAUUAAAUUUUCGAAACGUUCGCCAUCAUUGGCGUCAAGGUUUCCAGUUAUUGAUUUGAAUAUCGACCCAAUGCCAUUUAAUAUGCCUCUUUUUCCUCGCUUUGUAUGGGGAAAUAUAUUAUGUAACUUUUGUUCUACCUGUCCAUGAACAAAUUUUAAUGUUCUGAAAUAAUUGGACAAAUAUGUAGUGACAUUAAAUUUGAAGAAAUGGUUUCUGCUAUACGUAGGAGGAAAUCGAUAAUUUUUCAAUUUCAGAAAUGAUGGGAUUCAUAUCAUAAUAAUGAAUGAGUGAAAAGUCAUAGUCUUUUACUUUUGCUUCACCAAUUUCCACGGGAAGUAGUCCUGGAUUACUGUCGAGGUUACGUAUAGUUAUGCUAUCCUGAAGUCCAAUCAUUACUUGCAGGAAUCUGUAAAUGAAUUAAUAAUACCUGCAUGUAUGUAUGUGGUAUUUUAAGGAAUAUAACUUGUUACGAUAAAUGAUAAGAUUUUGAGGAGAAAACGUUUCCAGUUAUCUGUAUCAGGGCUUUGUUGCAUUUUUCAGAAACUGGUACAUUACUGUGUAUAGCCGCGUCAUUUUAGAAGACAGUAGACAACAAAAUUGAAUUAUUUGGUCAUCGGUGUGAAAUACCUAAAACUGAGACCAAGAGUGUGAACGUCUGUUCGAUGCCGAAUUUUAUUAAAAGGAUAAGCAGGAUACAUUUCUGCGGAUUCAUGAAAUAAACCAACAGAAUGUACAGUAUCUGAAACCUUCGUGUACACUGCUUUAAGAUCAUCAAAUUGUCUCCUAACUUUAGCGACAACAUUACGUCUUGUUUUGUUGCGCUGCUCAAAAUUCUUGGCAGUUUUACUAUUUUUGUCUCUACUCUUGGGGUCAACUAGAUGCUCUGGUGUUUGACAGUUUUGUAAAAUUUUUUAUUGCUUCUUUGAUUUCUUCAUACUAAUUUCACCUUCACAUACUGAUGUCUUUGUUUUAUUGAUACACUUUGUGUGUGGCUCAACAGAUAAAAAAUUGAAAUUGUCUUCAGCAUUUAAGUAAAGUAACUUGAUUCUCGCAAAAGGGGUAACUAGAUAGCCAUCUCCAAAGUGUAGGGCGGCCUUUAAUUCUAUGAGAUGGUCAAUACCAAUUGAACCAUUGAAAACAUCGUUGAACUUGAAUAGGUAAAAUUUCAAUUUCUUUGGAUGAGGCAAGUUGAAGAUUUUAUAUGCUGGUAUUAGAGCACUAAACUUGUGUGUUGAUCUGUGGAAUACACGUGAGACAGUGACGGGUUCCUCCAUAACCUGAUUUGGGAAAAAAUUGACAGCAAUCUCUGGAUCUAUAAAAGAUCUAUUUGAGCCAGAAUCUAUCAAAAUUUUGAUAUUCUACUCUGGAAAAACUAUAUAGCUAAGGCCAUUAGAACCAAUAGGGUUGAAUGAUAUAGUUUCUGAACUUAUGGUGGCUCGGUAGCCAGGCUUGUUUUGGUAAAAUUUUGAUUUUCUGAUUUCGUAGGUGGAUCAGAUGUACCUAAUAUUUGAUUCUGAUCAAAAUUGUAUUGGUCGUAUUUAUUAUCUAGUCUAGGGUCGUCAUAAAAUCGGCCAAAGUUACCUGAACUAUAGGUGUCACAAGUGUUGUUAUCAUUUAGCUCUGUAUUAUAUAAUUCCUCAAAGAUAAAAUUUUGCUGAGGUCGAGGUGUGUUCGCCUUUAUUGGAGCAAAUGAUGGACGUGUUGUGUUUCUUGUGCUGACACUCAACGGUGUCGGCCUGGGAAGAUUUCCUAGAUUUGAAGAAUUUGGCUUAAAAACGUUUGUAUUCGAAUUCUUUGCUUGUUGGUUGCCAAAGACUUCAGCGAUAGUCGGGAAACGCUGAUUUAAGUUUGGCCUAGGUUGAAUUUGGAUGGGUUGAGAUGGGAAUUGCGCACGAAAAAAAGCUAUUAGGCGUACGAGAAUUAAAAUUUUGAUAAGGCAUAUUAACUGGGCCUGCAGGUCUGAACUGCGAAUUUAGAAAAUUUGUAAAAUUUUGUGAAUCUGCCCAGCUCUAUAUGAAACGUUUUGGAAAUAAUGCGCAUUUUGUUCUUCAACCACUAAUUGAAGGGCUUCGCUCAAAGAGGUUGGUUUCAAGCACCUGACAGUGGUGCCCAAUGGUUCUUUCAAGCCUGAAAGGAAAGUCUUUCAACGCAAGUUUUUGAUACAAAUCGCGUUUUAUUGCUUUACCACUUUCGGUAGCUUCGUGGAUAUUGACGUAGCUUCACAGAUUGUUUAAAAUAUGCAAACAUCUUUCGUUAAAUUUUUGAGGGCUCCCAUUUUGAUAUUGCUUUAGUAAGCAAAGGUUUCUAUGGAAGCACACUUCAUCACGUUGGUCAGAAAAACUAGUAAUUAGUAAAGUUUCGAGUUCACUCCAGGUGUUCACUGAAUGAAUGUUUAUUUAAGAUUUGGCAUGUCCUCUUAGCUUUGAAAGAAUGGAGUUCAAUAAAAAUGUAUUUUUAAAAUUGUUUGGAUUGGUAUGAUCAUAAAAAUUGUCAAUCAAGGAUUUGCUUACACGCAAAAGUCGAUUGAGAUCGUUACUGUUGCCGUCAAAUUCAGGCACACAGCUUAAGUAUUCGGGCCUAAAAGUAGCCAUAGUUGUAGUAGUACUUGUAGAUAUUGAACGUACAGGAACUUGUGAAAGUAUGGGCUCACGUAAUAUAUUAGAGUACCGUCGAGUAUUUGGAGAGUCAGUAUUAAGGUCCAAAUUCUCAAGGGCUUCCGAUAUAUCAAUACUCAUUGAAAUUUGAAGCGAUAAAUGGAAAAAAAUAAACUACACUUACAUCACUAAGAACGCGAUCUUUAGCAUCUCUUACUCCUAUAAAGAUCCUAGCUGGUUCUGCAGUGUUGUCUUCCCCAGGCUGGAAUCCUUGCGAACUUGGACAAUGUGGUCCCAAAUUCCGAUGCCCUUCGUAUGUAGCAGUUCACUCCGGUUCCUCAAAGGAUUGGGUAUCCAAAAAUAUGAAUCCACUCCAGUGCUCACUGCCACUACGCGUACGCCACCAAAAGGCCGGAUAGAGUCCCGAAAAGUCCCGUCGCGACGGAUUGCGAAAGUCUUUCCCGGGUCGCGUAUUCCUACUGGAUGACUGCGCCAGUUAUAAGAUCGACGCCUCGAGAUCGCUUUUUUAAAAGUUUAUUUUCGAAAAUACAAAACUCAAAAAUGUACUUUUACAAAAUUAUUACAAUGUUAUUAUGAUGUUAACAGUACAAAGGCUUAAAUCUGACUGACUAUAAAAUGUGUUGAGAACAAUAAAGUAAACUCUAGGCCUUCUAGGAAAUUAGUAGCAUCGUCGGUAGUAUUCCUGGCAUAUCAGCAGGAAUUUUGUAAAAUUUUGUCAAUGGCGCCUCUGAAUCGUACGCUGUGGUACAUAUAAAUUCCAAGAUCCUUCACUUUUAUGCCAAUGUACAUUUUUAUGUUCAAUAAUGCUUGCCAUUGUAAUAAAUCAUUGACAUCACCAUCAUCAUCAACUUAGGCCUGUUCCUAUUCCACAGUCCACCUCAUUCUCAGAUGACCUUUACAACUUUACCAUAUUGGCUUAUACAGGUUGGCCCAUAUGUAACUGCCUGGUUUGUAUGGUAAAUAUUUGUGAGAUGAAAUAAAAUACGUACAUUUUUUCAUCUUAAUCUUUUAUUGAAACUUAGAAACUGUGAAUGAAAAAUAAUAAUUAUACCAGAAAAAUGUCCGCCUCUGGAAUCCGCGCAAACCUGAGCCCUCUUGAUUGCAUUCUCCAUCACUUUUUGUUAGGUUUCUGGAGGAACAUUUUCAAUCGCAGUAUUUGGUUUUUUUGGCAUAAACCCUAUUUUUCAAAAAUCCCCAUGAACAAAAAAUAAGGAGAGGUUAAUCGGGUGACCUUGGUGGCCAGUUGACAUCACCAAAUCGAGAAAUUAAACGUCCGGAAUUAUUGUUCGCAAAAGAUUCAUUGUUUCGCUAGCUGUGUGACAGGUUGCUCCGUCCUGCUGGAACCACAUGUUUUACAGGUUUGGAUUUGAGGAGCCAUAAAGUUUUGCACCAUAUCACGUAGCGCUCGCCAGAGACAGUAAGAGUAUUACCUGCAGCGUCUUCAAAGAAGUAAGGUCGAAUGACACCUCCAUACCAACUACCGCACCAAAUUGUGACUCGACGAGGAUGUGGUGGUCGUUAAUGGAUGACACGAGGGUUCUCUAAUGCCCAGAUACGACAAUUCUGCUUAUUGACAAAUCCGUUCAUAUCGAAGUUGGCUUCAUCGCUCAUUAUCAGUUGUCAGUAAAAAUCGUUAUUUUGGGUAUUAAGCUGCAAUAUUGCAUGACUCUAUUGUCAGUGACUUUCAUGGUCACUAGGCUGUAGUUCUUGGGUUAACUGAAUUUUGUAUGGCCGUAAAUUCGAGUCUUUUUUUAAAAUAGUGCAUAAUGACGUGCGACGAAUACCCAGUUCUUGAGAACUAUGUAACGAUGUCUGGCAGACGUCUCAGGGCGCUCCACUACAUUUACACGAACUCUCUCGAUAUUUUCCGGAGUACGAACAGUUCGAACACGGCCCGACCUUGGCAAGUUUUUAACUUCACCUGUUUGUUCGAAUUUUCACACCAACUGAUGAAUGGUGUUGACACUGGGCACAUUAUUUCGACCAAAAUCUUGUCGUAGCUUCCGAAUACUUGCAACGUUUUAACAAUUCGGACGCGUUGUUGGAUCAUGAUGAAUUAAACACAUGUGCUUUAAACAACUACUACGGCGCCACCUACUGAAACGCGAGUAUGAAAAAUGGCGAGCAAUUUAAAUCAGUCAGUUAUGUAUUUAAGAACCUCGUUAGGAAUAUUUUGAUUUUCCAUUCUUUGUACGUGACCGAAUCAUUUUUGUCGAUAGUCUUUCAUUUUAUCAUUAAUUGCGAAAAUUUGAUGUCAACAUUGUGGACUUGAUGUUCUCGAGGCAUUGACAUAACUAAAUUCAAGUAAUGAUAUGACGCUAGUGUAUAUACCACUCAUCCAUAGUCCUAAACUGCGACUGGAAGCUAGGCUUAAGGUUGGAUUGGUGCGCCUACAAGAAAUAAAACGGCACUCAUGCCUGAAACUGAAAUGAUAUUUUCUAUUUGUUUUUAGUAUAUAAUUGCAAGUAUGGUCCUUAAAAAUGGGUAUUUCAUCAGCAUUCAACUUAAGAGAAUUACUCUUCAAAAGUGAUAAUGUAAGUUUUUAGCAACAGUCUGCCUUCAAAUCAUCUCAUGUUUCCAUUCUAAAUAGAUACAAUUGCUAGUUGCUACAGAGAAUUUGCAAAUUUGACCAGAAUCAAAAGGGCUCUGAUGGAUCUGAUCAAAAUACCUAUGUUGGUCAGGUUUUUGGAAUAUUUUUUUUUACCUCAUUGACAAGCUCAUUUUUGCAAAUCCUUUUUUUCAACUUGUGAUACGUACAGGCUUGUACAUAUAUAAGGUGUAUGUGGUCACAUUGUAUUUAAAAUAUUACGGCCAAUAUCGGAAACGGUGGUCGGUUUUGGGCUGAAUAUAUUGAUUUUGUAUGGUUUAUAGGGUUUUCCAUUAAGGACUUGACAACAUUCUUUUUAAAUAAAACGCAAACCAUUUGAGAUAUCUCGAACAUUUUGUGAUUGGAUUGAAGUACACUCAAAACAUUUAUGCAUGGAUGUAGCGAUCGAUUCGUUGAACCCAAUUUCCAAUGACUCGGCAGAAACGGCCGCUAUCUCUCGUUCAAGAUUGGCUCUGAGCUCCUCUAACGACACCGGCUUGUUGGCAUAGACCAAUGAUUUAAUGUAGCCCCACAAAAAAAGUCUAGAGGUGUUAAAUCACACGAUCUAGGCUGCCAUUCGACAGGACAAUUUCUCGAUGUAACACGUUCACCGAAUUUUGAUUUCAAUGUUACACCCGCUCUGAGGCUUGUAGCACUGUCUUGUUGAAACCAGAUAUCACUAAUGUCUAGCCCAUCCAGUUGACCAAAAAAAUAACGUUGCGACAUGUCUCUGUAGGGAUCUCCGUUGACUGUAACGUGACGGUCUUUUUUAGCAACAAAAAAAAAACAAAAAAAAGGCCCAUAACCCCACCGGCAUAAAAACCGUCUUACUGGCACGGGAACAUCCCGCAGCGAAUAUGUGGACUCACAUUUUUUUACUAGCCUAUGAAUUCUCGUCUACUGGGACGAGAAUUACGAACAAAAAUUUAAGUUAACGCUCUUAAAGUUGCAGUCGCCGACUCGGAAUUUCGGUAGUAAAUUUUAAUUAUUUGUAAGCGUUGUUGGUUCGUGUACUUCAUCAUGAUGAAAAUGUUUUCUUUACUGAAUGUUUUAACACUGACGUUCGGUAAUUGAUUUAAAGGUGCGUUCACAGUGAAAGUUCAAAGUUGUCAAGUCCCUAUUGGAAAACCCGAUAUAAGGUAUAUGUGUUCACAUUGCAUUUAAAAUAUUAUGAUCAAAAUCGGAAACGGUGGUCGGUUUUGAGCUGAAUAUAUUGAUUUCGUAUGGUUUACCAUAUACUUUAUAUACGUGACAAGCCUAUGAUCAGUAAGAUUGAUAUUACACUUAAUGUAAAUACAAAUAGUUUUUAAAUAGUUAGCUUAAAUAUUAAUAAUUCUAUAUUUUAUCAUUCGUUUUAAGGAUUUUUUAUCGGAAAUUGAACGUCAAAUUUACAGAUUUUUAUGAUAUAAGCUUUGAAUCUAGUCCGUAAAUAGCAACGCGAUACGAAGGUAUUUAUAUUAUAUUAUUUUUACAUAGAUUAUUCACAAUCUGAUUGCUUAUUAUAUUUAACAAUUUUUUUAUGUUCAUUAAAUGAAAGCAUUGUGAUGAAAAUGUUUUGUGGUGUGAUUAUGUUCAGUAAAUAAUUUAUUCCGAGAGAGACAAAAAAUUAUUUAUAGUUGAUGCAGUUCAGGUAAAGCUUGAUAACAAUACUAUGAUUGGAAUGCAUGUUUUAUUUAUUGACUUCUCAUUUUUUCUUAAUGUAAAAUUACUGUGAGCUGUUGUAACCACUGCCAGGUUUCCUUGGAUAGUCUCAAAAUACUAAAAGUAUCACAGAUUUAGCUCCAUUUUAGGUAAGAAUGACACUUUGUGUGAAGCAAACAUCUACUAUCCCAUAGCAUUCCCUAUUUUCAUUUCUAUUCUUUAUUAAAGGAAGCUCCAAAGAAUGCCCCAAGUUUCAGAAAUAAAGUACCAGGCACAAAACAUAUGGAAUUUGACCACCAGUCAAUUUUAAUGAAAAUUUAUACUCGUUUGUAACAGUUCGUGUUGUGCGGAUCAAAUAUUCCAGUGGGCACAAAGCCCAGAAAUGUUGGAGAUAUAGGGUCGUCUUUAUUGUAGACUCGACAAUACAAUAAAAAAUCACCUAAACACAUACAAUGUAUAGAGGAUGUCCCUACGAAAAUGGAAACUAGUUUAUUAGAAAAAGUAUAAAAGAUUUUAGAAAACGAUUUACGCAGCAGGAUUGAAAUCUUAUGUGUGCAUUUCUAAAUUAUUUGGCAUAUACGGAAUGUUCAAUUUAAAAUUGUUGAGAAAAACGCUUCGCGUAUUGCAACACCCUGGCGUACUUUUUGAUCCUCUUCCUAAAAGUCGGUGAAAAACUACUCAAAAUGGCAGAAGUCAAAGCCUUCAUGGCAUUGUUUCAGAUAAAUGAUAACUUAACUAAAAAAUGGAGAUCAAAAACCUACAGUAUUAUUAUCAAUCUUCUUGGUUUCAAAAGGUCUUUCCAAAUAUCGAAUACAUAUAAUAUUAAAAAAAGUUUGUUGUGCCGCGGAAUUGUGCAACACCCUGUAUAUUUACAAAUAAUUUAGAGAUACAUACUUAUAUGAUGUCAAUUUUAUUGGGCAAACCAUUUUCGAAUAUACUAUCGUAUUAAAGCGCUUCUAUUAAACAUCUUUCCAUAGUAGUUGGGAGACCCUGUAUAUACUGUAAGUGUUCACGUGAUUUUUAUUUUUUUUUUUUUUAUUUAACAGAUAGUACCGCAUCAACCUCGUAGGGUUAUUAGCGGCGUGGACGGCACAAUAAUCUAUGUAUUGAAGUACAUGUCAAUGUCUUUGAUAAAUUUCACAAGUUUAUCGGUUUGAUGCAGUAACACUUCACUGAUGUCAUUAGAAAGGUGGUUGAGACUUCUGGCAUUUUGAUAAGUAGGGCACUCCAUCAGGAUGUGAACCACCGUGAGCCGCUGGUUGCACGUUGAACAAACUGGGGCAUCGGUUCCUUCGAAGAUGUGCUUGUGAGUCACUAGUGUGUGGCCUAUCCGGAGACGUGACAUAAUUAUCUGGUUCCUUCUUCCUGAAGGUAGGGUGAAUCGCGUGUUGACAUCUGGAGCAAUUGCGAGUAGUUUGCUGUGACUGUCAUUCCAUUUCUGUUGCCAAAGACUGGUUAUGUGCACUUUUAUUAGUCCUUUCAAAUCUUGGUAGGGUGUACGAAUCACACUUCUGCUUGAAGGGACUGCCGCUCUUGAUGCUUCUUUGUCAGCCUCUUCGUUGCCUGGGAUUCCAGUAUGUGAGGGUACCCACAGAAACUUUAUCCUCUUCUUGUCGUUGUACAGCAGACGCAGCAUGUCCUUAAUUCCCCUGAGUAUGCAGUUGCGAGGGUACAACUGUUUGAUACCUUCCAGUGCACUCAGCGAAUCCGUCACUACUAAGAAGUUGGCAUCUGUUGUUGUUCGUGCCAGAUUGAGCGCUUCCUUGAUGGCUGUCAGCUCUCCAGUGUAGACGCUGCAAUGUUGUGGUAGUGAAGAGGAUAUUCGUCGAUUGUCAGAGACUGCGGCAUAGCCAACCCCAUGUGAUGACUUUGAGGCAUCUGUAAAAAUCAGUUUGAAGUUCGGAUGAGACUCGAUGAUGACUUGGUAUCUGUUAUAUAUUUCUCUAUGGUUGGUUUGCAUUUUUUGAUAUAUCUUGAGGGUUGUGUCGAAAUCUGGUAGUGGUACUGUCCAGGGUGGAGAGUUUGAUGAACAAGGGAUAAGUGAUUUUUAUUAUACUGUUAAGUUCCCCGAGUAUAUUAACGACGAGUUAGUCUUCGUAAAAUAGUGUAGGCAGGCGUACACACAGGGGCUAAGGUGCCAAUCUUUAACACCCUGUACUUCCAAUAGAAAGGCAUUUCUAGGCUUUGCGCCUAUUGGAACACUUGAUCAACACAACAUAAACUAUCAAUAUAUGAAUUUUCUUUCAAACCGACCGGUGAUUAAAUUUGAUGUGUUUUGCGCCUGGUAUUUUAAAUUGAUGAAAUUGAUUGAAGCAAAUGUUUUAGUGCGCUUUUUGCGGAUUCGGGAGAAGCUGCAAUUAAAGACUCCAACGGGAAAACGCAUUUAGAUAAUUUUACCUAGACAUCAAAUGCUGUGUAACGCACAGUUCUGAACCGAGAUUCAGAGCAGACCAUUUUUGGAUGCCCCCCUCCCAUUUUCUUCAAAUCCAAGCCUGAAUCCGCACAGAUGGUUUUUAAUCCCCUACAUUUUUGAAUUGAAGAAGAUUACUCGCUAUUCAUAAAAAAAUGAUUAGACUCUAGAUUCACUUGAAUAUAUGUGUGCAGAUAUUUCGUAUUGAAAAACAAAUACUGCCCUUUUCAAUCUAAAUUUAGCCAAUUCCAAGUUUUUUGUUGGAAAUAUAAGUAGUAAUUCCAGUAUUUGUUUUUCUGUACAUAUUAUCUGAGCAAAUUUUCACUAAAAGUAAUUUGUUGUAAAUAGAAAC